UCCCACAAUCCUCUGCUCCUGUCACUGACGUCACACGGAGCCCGGACCCGGCGUAGCUCUGUCAGCAGCGGUGUGCGUUUGGCAACAAAAGAGUGAUCCGGAAAGAGUUAGCGACGUUUUCUCGACGACGGUGUUAUUUCUGGGAACUCGAUCACAGCCUCCGUUUCAGGCAGUAGCUGGUAGCGAUGACACCGCCGCCGUCGCUGUCCGUUGGAGGAAGAGGAAGAGGAAGGAGGUGAUGAUGAUUACAUGCAGUUAGCUGGCUGCCUGGCUGGCUGACGGACCGACCGACGGACCAGAGCCCAGUCGUGUGUGAGGUGUCUCUCCCUACAGCCGCAGCAGGAUUUGGGGCGAAGAGAGGCGAGGAUGCCGCGGAGAAAACAGUCCAACCCCCAGCCGGUGAAAUUGGAGUCGGAGGAUGGGGCGGUGGUGUGCGAGCCCGGCUGCCUGGUUUUGGAGAGCGACUUCCUGCUGAGCGGAGAGCUGGAGUUUGGAGACUCUGAGAUCAUGGGGCUGGAUAGAGAAGCUGGUAUGACGGUGUUCUCUCUGAGCGUGGAGGACGACCCCUCAGCACCAACAGACUCCACUUUCCCAGCUUUCCUCUCCUGUAAAGGAUGUGGUCAACUUUUGGGAGACACUCCUCUGGGAGCGGGACUAGAUCUCGGUGUGGGUCUGGACCUGGGGGCGGAGCUUUAUUGUCUAACCUGUGAGGAAGGCCUCCAGCACUCGGCCUCCGUCGACUCCUCGCAGGUGGAGGGGUCAAACCUGUCGGACAGAUCCCUCAGCGGUGGCUCCGACAGGAAGAGGAGAAGCAUAGAUAAGACGGGCGACAUCCCCGCUAAACUCUACUCCUGCUCGCUGUGCGCCUUCACCUCCCGUUACUCCAACCACCUGAAACGCCACAUGAGGAUCCACGACGGCCAGAAGCCGUACCACUGCCCCGUCUGCCCCUACGCCUCGGCCCAGCUCGUCAACCUGCAGCGCCACGCCCGCACGCACACGGGGGAGAAGCCGUACCGCUGCCACCAGUGCAGCUACGCCUGCAGCUCCCUGGGCAACCUGCGGAGGCACCAGCGCAUGCACACGCAGGAGAGACCGCAGAGGAGGGAGAAGGAGAAGAGGCGAGGGAGACGGAAAAAAUCAAACGCUGAAACUGAAGAAGUCGUGUCAGACCUGACCCUGCGAGUGUCCCAGGACUCGGGCUACCUCCAGACGCUGGGGGGCCUCGGCUCCCCCUCCGCCCCGCUCCCCGUCCUCCUCUUCCCCCUGUGCUGCCGGGUGUGCGGCCUCACCCUGGAGGAGGCCGACCUGGAGGGGGACAAGGCGGAGGUGGAGGGGGAGGGUGACGGAGGACAGGUGUGUCGUCGUUGCUCGUUGGACCUUCUGUCUAAAGAUGGCUCCGGGCCUCCCUGCGGCCCGGCCGUGUCUCGGGGAUCCCGACGGGGUCAGCGAGGCACCAAGCUGUACCGCUGCCCUCACUGCCCCUUCCUGUCCCACUACCCCAACCACCUGGCCCGCCACGCCCACACCCACUCCGAGGAGAAACCCCACCGCUGCCCGCACUGCCCCUACACCUCCUCGCACCUCGACAACCUCAAACGCCACCUGCGCGUGCACACGGGCGAGAAGCCCUACCAGUGCCCGUCGUGCAGCUACGCCUGCGGGAACCUGGCCAACCUGCGGCGGCACGAGCGCAUCCACUCGGGCGCCAAGCCGUUCCACUGCGGCGUCUGCGGCUACUCCUGCAACCAGAGCAUGAACCUGAAGAGGCACAUGCUGCGGCACACGGGCGAGAAGCCGUACGCCUGCGCCGAGUGCAGCUACACCACGGGCCACUGGGACAACUACAAACGCCACCAGAGGAAGCACGGGCACAACACAGACAGCUGGGACAAACACGCACCCAUCAACGGCCUCAGCUGGGGCAAAGACACUCAGGAGAGCCAGAGUCAGGGACAGGAGGACAGUUAGAGACGACGAGUGUGUGUGUGUGUGUGUGUGUGUGUGUGAAGUAUGUAUCAGGGUUCCUUCAGCACAGAAGUUAUGUUCUGCUUUAGAAUCCAUUAGUUAAUCUGAGCAUCUUCUGUGGUCGCAGCUUCUAUAAUGCAGAUAUUUUCUCUGUUUUAAAGUGAAUAUCUUUGGGUUUGAAGCUGUUGAUGCUCUGUUAGUGUUUCAUGUAAAUGUCUCACUGUUUAAAUAUAAAAAUGAAUCUAAUAAUCCUCAGAUACAGCCUGUAGUUCAUAGUGUUUUCCCAACUUUAAAAAGCUCAAAUGCAUUUAAAUAUACAGAUAUUGAUUAUUUGAUCUUAAUGUUUGCAUCUGAUUCUUAUUGUGGGUUAAUGAUGAAAAGUCGGAGGUGAAGUGUGUUUUCUGACCAACAGUCCCAAACCCAGAGAUACUCCGUUUGUACACUGAUGUAAAAACAGAAAAUCCUCCGACUGGAAGAAAGUGAAUCUGCAGACUGGUUUAUUUAACCUGUUUUUUUUUUGAUCAUCAUAUUUCCCUCCUGCCCCCACUCCCCAGAAACCCCCUGCUCUGUGUGAAGUACUUUCCAGAGACCCAGGAUCUUCGGGGGCUGAGUCUGCAAAUUUUCCGUUGAUUGAUUUGACUAAUCAAUGCAUGCCCUGAUACAUAUGUAUGUUGUGUGUGUGUGUGUGAGAGAGUGUGUGUUGUGUAUACACUGGUGACCCUCCAGCUCAGGCUGGAGAUAAACUCAGGUGCCUUCGACAGACUGAACGACUGUAACGCUGCACUGACUUUAUAAAGGGGCAUUAACUCACGUCACACAGACUUCAGAUCAGUGAGCGUGAGAUCAGGUUUCUCUCUUUCCCUCCAGUGAAUGCAGUCUGGAUCUGACGGAUCUGAUGAAUCAAAAUGUUUAUUUUUUCCUCUACAGAUGAUCUAUAUUUUGUUAAUGUGGGUGGAUUUUCAGAACAGCGGGGUGGAUCAUCAUCAUGAGCUUUAAGUGGAUUUGGGUGGGGGUUUUAUUUGUCCUGGACUCGUUCUGGUUUUCAGCAGGGUUCCUGUGCAGAAACAUCUCUGUUAUAUUUCACUGGACAAAUAACCACCAGAACAUUUAUUUAUUUAGUUAUAUUGAAGACAAAUAGGGACAGAUUCAGUGUCAGUCGUUCCUCUGCAUCAACGGGACGAGAUUCAUCGCUCUCAGUUCAUUGAUUCUUUUAUUUUAAGGCAAAACAAAUAGAAAAACUCUUCCAACAAGAAAUGAAACCAGAGAUGAAAAAGAAGAAUUCAGUCUGAUGAUGUGUUAGGGACAAAAAACAUCAGAGAUUUUGAGAUGCAACUUAAAAUACUUUGAGGAGAAGUGUUAGACUUUAUAAUAUAAGAAGUAGGAAAUGUAAAAAUGUAUUUUCAGUCUUCAGCAGCCUUUACAUCAAAUCGGGGAUGUGGAGGCGUUAGAUCGUAGAAAAAUGAACCUUUUCUCUCUUAAAAUGCUGAAUUAUUCCCAUUAUAUGACUCAGAUUAUUUUUCAAUGAUAAAUAACCCAGAAUCUUAAAUCUGGCAGAGUCUCUCCUCACUCUGCUGCAGAAAUCUCUUGUAAUCCAACCAGAACUCUGAAGCAGAAAUGCUUUACAUCAUUACAUUGUUAUGAGACUGCACAGGAGCCCUGCUGUUCAUCUGAGAGCACAUCAAAUGGAGCUUAAUUCAAAUGUUUCCUGUCUGAAUCUAACACAGGCUGAUGCUGUUGUUCAGGGAGGGAGUAUUAAGAGUUUUUUUAGAUCUAGAUCCUGAAAUGUCCUGAAGUUUAAAUGCUUUUAAUGUAGACAAGGAAACUCUUCAGAUCCUGAUUAUUUCACUCACAUUCUCCAUGAUUUCAGAGGAUGUUGUCACUAGUUUGAGCUCAGGUUUUUUUAUUUUAGUAAAUCCUGAACUUUACUUCAGAGCUUAGGGAGAGAAAUCCAGGUUCAGUUUUUGGGUUUGUGUCGGGUUUUGACAGAAAAACAUUUCCAGGCUCAAACUUUGACUCCUUUAAUGCCGAGCUCUGCAGGUGACGUGGAUCCCAAAGCACCGUUUUCUUCAGGCAUUAUCACUCGUGUGUUUUUUGAUAAGCUAUCGAAUCAAGUAGCAGUCAAUCAAGUCCUGGGCUCCGAGAGCAGCUCUGCCUCGUUUAAAAUCAAACUUAACGUGAAAACUGUGAAUUUAUCAGACGGAGUCGUCUCAAGUAGAAAUAUAAUGGAAUAAAGGAAGCUGGCUAGCUGAAUGCACGAACAUUUAAAAGCCAGAUUUUUGACAAAGGAGCUGUUUUUUUGCUUUUGUUAUUGAUGGCUGGAGUUUAACUGUAACUCUGAGAAUGGAUGAAUUUCUGGCACUUUUGUGAUACUUUUCAGUAAAAACAUAUAAAAGAGGAAGCACUCAGACCUCUGCUUAUAUAUCCAUACGUUUGAUCAAACAAAUAAGAUGUAAUGUUUAAUUAGAUUGGAAGUGUUGCUUUAAUCUUCACUCUGGUGUAUAAUCUAAUUAGUAACUUGUGUGUUUUUGUGUGUAAAUGAUUAAUAGGGACAAAAAUCUUUGCACUCUUGCAUACUCUCUUUGCAACAUUAUGACAGGAUUCCUACAGAGACAGAGCUUUUUAUUAAAGAGGAAGAACCAGAAACAUCUCUAUAUAUCUCUACCAGACUCCAUUGACAAAAACAGGGAUUUAACCAGGAGCUGCUGGAAUACCACUGCCUCCAUCUGUUAGUGUGUCUGUGUUACUGUGUGACUUUCAGUGGUGGAAGAAGUAAUCAGAUACUUUACUGAAGUAAAAGUACCACACAGUAACACAGACACACUAACAGAUGGAGGCAGUGGUAUUCCAGCAGCUCCCAGUAAAAUCCCUGUUUUUGUCAAUGGAGUCUGGUAUAGAUAUAUAUAUAAUGAUGUUAAGGGAUCUUAUUAAAAAGGUUCGUCUUUGUGUUUCUAUCAGUCAUUUACGCCCAAAAUCAUGGGAACACAAGUCUCUUCUCUUUUGUGUCUAUAAAACUUUUUAAAAAACAAACUUGGAAAUUCAGGAAAGUUCUGAUUUUGUGUUUUGAGAUCAAUAUUUCCAAUAUCUUUCAGGAACAAGUGUCAAACUGUUAAAAUUCUGUCCACAGCUUCAUUGUUGAUUAUUUUCUCCAUUAACAGUUUCUGUAAAAUGCCAGAAAUCAGUGAAAAUGUUACAUAAAUACUGAGUUUUGUUGCAGUAAAUCCUGACAGUGAAGCGGCGUGUCAUCAGUAAUGUUUGGUAUUUUAGCUUCAUGAAAAGUAACUCAAAUGGGUGCCAUGUCUGAAGCAGCAGGUUUUGUAGUAACUGACUGGAGUGAUGUUGUGGAGAGUUAACCAGGUUGAGAGCUGACACUGCCUCCAUCUUCUCUGCUGCUCCUCUCUCUCUCUCUGUUGUUCACAGUGCCUUCAUAUCUCCAAUAAAACAAGUCUGAUCGAAGCUA